AUGUGGAAUCUCUCCAGCGGAGACCAUGGAACUGAAUGUUGUAACUGCUCCAUUUCACAGAUUAUCUUUUACGAGGACAGGAAUUUUCAAGGUCGUAGUUAUGAGUGCAGUAAUGACUGCACAGACCUUCACUCUUACUUCAGCCGGUGUAACUCAAUUCGGGUGGAGAGUGGAUGUUUCAUGAUCUAUGAGCGCCCAAAUUAUAUGGGUCACCAGUACUUCAUAAAAAGGGGUGAAUAUCCUGACUACCAAAGAUGGAUGGGUUUUAGUAGCUGUAUCCGAUCCUGCCGUGUCAUUCCAGCAUACAGGGGUUCAUACCGGAUGAGGAUCUAUGAAAAGCCUGAUUUCAGUGGUCACAUGAUGGAGUUUAUGGAUGACUGCCCAUGUGUGUCUGACCGUUUUCACCACCGCCAUGUUUACUCCUGUAAUGUAAUGAAUGGUUACUGGAUCUUCUUCGAGUAUCCAAACUACAGGGGCAGGCAGUACUUCCUGAGGCCUGGGGAGUACCGGAGAUAUCGGGACUGGUGUGCCACCUGUGCCAUCGUGGGCUCUUUCAGACGGGUCACUGAAUUUUAG